AUGCACCUCUUUCACAAUGGUAUUAGGCACCUUUCUGAUGUGGUGCUAAAAGAGGCAGUCUUGAUGAAACAUGUGGGUCAUGAGACUAGAUGUUAUCAAGCACUGGCCUCAGCUUGGGAACUCAAGGAAGCUGAACACUAUGGCAGGCUUAUGAAGCAUAUCUACCAAGAAGACCAAAAGGAUUAUGGUGAUUCUUUGGCAGGCAAAGCUGGCAAGGUGAAUCUAGAACGUGCAGUGGAAAUGGACAAUGUUGAAAGUCUCAUAGCCUUCAACCAUGAGGUGUACAAUGAAGAGGUCAUGACCUUGGAUACUAUGGAUAUGCAACUUGAUCAACUUGAAGAGGAAGUGCAGGGCCAUCGUCAUUCUUCAGACAAGGUGGAGGGCCCAUCAGACUGUGAGGCCAGUGACAGAUCUGUGAGAUUGGAAGUGGAUGACAGUGAGGAUGAGGGUCAAGCCCUGUAG